UCAAAAACGGGAGGGGGACGGAGGGCGCUUCCUCCAGCGGUUCUGAGGAAAGACCGGCGGCGGGACCAGAAGCCGUGCGGCUAAACCUGGCCGUCGUUUGACAGAAGGCGAAGGCUUUCCGGCGCGUCCCGGGAAAUCCCGCUCGUCCGUGCGCCGCUUCCCUCGCGCGCGCCUUCUUUUCACUCCUUUCGGAAGUUUUUGGCGGCGGCGGCGGCGGGAGGAUGCUGGAGAGCGGCGGCAAGCCGGUGAAGGAGGGCGUGCUGGAGAAACGCAGCGACGGCUUGCUGCAGCUCUGGAAGAAGAAGCGUUGCGUCCUCACCGAGGAAGGGCUUCUGCUUAUCCCGCCCAAGCAGGAGCCGGCGGCGACGGCGGUUUCUUCUCCUGCCAACGGGGAGACGGCGGUGGCCGCCGCCAAAAUCAAGCAGUUGCCCUUCUCCACGAUGAAGACGGUGGACUGCGUGGAACGGAAGGGCAAGUACAUGUAUUUCACGGUGGUGAUGGCCGAGGGGAAGGAGAUCGACUUUCGGUGCCCGCAGGAUCAAGGCUGGAACGCCGAGAUUACGCUGCAACUAGUGCAGUACAAAAACCGGCAGGCCAUCCUGGCGGUCAAGUCGACCCGGCAGAAGCAGCAGCACCUCGUCCAGCAGCUCGGGCCCCGCCUCCGAAGCUCCUCCAACUCCGCCUAGACGGGCCACCCCGACAGAUCAAAUUCAAGAGGCGCUUCUGGAAGUAAGAGGAACAGUGAUCAAAGGCUGGCAAAGUAAAGGAGAACAAGCACAAGAGCAUCAGUUCAGCCCCUGGAUUUUGUCCAGUUUUGACACCAUCUGUGGUUGCUUUAGUGAAGUACUUCAGCUGUUCUGGGUUUGGGCUAUUGCUUAAACUUAGGAAAGGCAUAUUUGACCUCAAAGGACAUAUGUCACACUGUCAUUUUUAAAAUUCCACUAUGUUUUAUUUGUAUGUAUAUUUAUUAGUGGGGAUUUUAAGUUUUCAGGUUACUUCUGAAUAUAGAUCAUCCAAGAGACAAUGAAGUGCGGAAAAUACUUGCUUUGCUGAAUUGUAUAAGCUGCUGUAGAGGGUAGAAGAAACCGAAGCAAGAAGAAAACAGAAAGAUGAAGAAUUUACCAGGAUACAAACUUUUCAUAUAGUUUUUACAUACUGCUUUGCAACAGCUUUCAUCUCAAAAAGCGGAAGGCUGUUAUAAAAUGAAUGUAUGAAAUGUAUCUUGCUAUAUUGAACUAUUGUACCAGUAUUCUAAAUAAUGAGAAUACCCGCUCCAAAGAAAGCAGUGGCUUUGAAUUAAAAUUCUGGAUGGUUUUGUUUAUUCAACAGUCAUUGACUUGUGGUAUUAUACAUUGUAUUCAGUCGUAAUCAGUUAUACCAGUUUUCAUAUCCUUACUUCAUGAGCAGAAAAUCUUAGUUGACUGACUUACCAGAAGAAUAAUUAUAAAAAAAGUUAUGUUCUUUUUUAUAUGAGAUUUGUUGGAAGAAACAUACAAAAGACAAGUCACUGCACUUCUUUAUUUAAAUUUGUCCCUAGCUUAUAAUACUUCUAACUAUGGUUUUACUUGAUUUAUGUUUUUAUGAAAUCUUUGCAAAUUCCUUAUCACAUUCUUUUAUAUAGAAUGUCUUAAAGUACUUAAAUAGAUAAUUUUACCAAUAUUCCCUAUCAUUUUGGGGAGGGGGAAUCAUGUCCUACACAAUAUUUUUCAUACCACCUAUAAUCAAAAUUAUUUCUUCUUAGAACAGAGAUUUAAAUAAACCAUAAUAAUGUCCAAUUGAAUAUUUGAACUAUGCUACAUUUAUUUUUUGUCAGCUUAAUAGAAUAUUCUGGUCGUCUUGUGAUUUUUGGAAUCUUAAUAUAACUGAAGAGUUCUAAAACCCUUUUAGGAAUCAAAGCCCUUGAUCUAUUCAUUUACAGUAUAAUAUUUCCUAAUUACUAAUUUGAUAAGGUAAUAUAUGCUAUGCUUUUCAAUCUGGAUAUUCUGUUUUGCAGGAUGUGUAAUCUUCCAAAUCAAUCUAGUUUUUCAUGAAAUAGAAUUCAUUAUGAUCUAAUUAAAGUCAAAUUAGACACAGCACAGUGUCUAAAUAUUGAAAUAUUAAAUAUUUGUAUGCAGUUCUAUACAUUCUUAUCCUGAUAAAUUAUGGAAGGUUUCUGUAAGGUUUCAGUUCUUACUCUAGUCCUACAGAAAUGACUAAGUAUCAGCUUAGCUCCCACACUUCUCCAGUUGAGAGCGGAGCUAACAG